CAAAGGAUUGCUAAGUACCUGACUCACUGUGACAAGAACUCAGGAGAGGCUUCUGUUCCGAGGAAGGGACGGGAGUAUAGGGGGACAAAGGAGUGCUAAGUACCUGGCUCACUGUGACAAGAACUCAGGAGAGGCUUCUGUUCCGAUGAAGGGACUGGAGUACAGGGGGACAAAGGAUUGCUAAGUACCUGACUCACUGUGACAAGAACUCAGAAGAGGCUUCUGUUCCGAGGAGGGUUUUUUCUUUCAAGAAGAGCACACAGGGAUGGCUUCUACUGGCUGCCGGACCAUUGGCAGCGAUGAGGAGCCGCAGCUGACCGCUCACUUUAUCCCGCGGAGUGCGUUGGGCUGUCGUUCAGCCCUGUGCCUCGUCCUUAUCCUGCAGCUCUCUCAGUCCCAGCCUGCGAAGCGUGCCGUGCCUCCGCUGGUGCCAGACGAGCCCUUCCUGGUGUUCUGGAACGCCCCGACGCAGCAGUGCCAGUCCCGGCACAAAGCCCCGCUGUCUCUGGAGAGCUUUAAUAUCCUCUCCAACCCGGAGCAGGCCUUCACCGGGCAGCGCGUGGCCAUCUACUACUACGACCAGCUGGGCUUGUACCCUUACUACAACAACCGGAGCCAGCCGGUGAACGGAGGGAGCCCACAGAACAACAGCCUUCGUGAUCACUGUGACAAGAUGGUGGCCGACGUGGAGCGCACCCUGCCACGGCCACACUUCUCCGGGCUGGCCGUGGUGGACUGGGAGGAGUGGCGCCCCCAGUGGGUCAGAAACUGGGGCAGCAAAAACAUUUACCAAAACAAAUCUCGGGAGCUGGUGAGGGGGCUGCACCCUGACUGGCCAGCAUACAAGGUGGAGCAGCAGGCGAGCUGGGAGUUCAACGCAGCGGCCCAGCGCUUCUUCACCGAGACCCUCCGCCUGGGCAGGAUGCUGCGACCCCAAGGCUGGUGGGGCUUCUAUCUCUUCCCAGACUGCUACAACCACGAGUACAAGAAGGGCUUCCACAACUACACAGGACAGUGCCCCUCGCUGGAGGUGCAGCGCAAUAACGAGCUGGCCUGGCUCUUCGCGGAGAGUAAGGCCCUGUACCCCUCGGUCUACCUGCCCGAGGUGCUCCAGUCCUCCCCUCAGGGCCGGCUCUACACCAGGGCUCGCCUGCGGGAGGCACUCAGGGUGGCAGACCUGCCCGACUCCGACUCCUCGCUUCCCGUCUUCGCCUACACCCGCCCCUUCUACGCCUACUCUCUGACUCCGCUCACAGAGACAGACCUGGUUUCCAGUAUCGGAGAGAGCGCUGCACUGGGAGCCAGUGGGGUUGUCCUCUGGGGUGGCAUCGACUACUCACGGAACCGGAGCAACUGCCUGAUGCUGAACAGGUACCUGGAGCGCACGCUGGGGCCCUACAUCGUGAACGUCACCACGGCGACCAGGCUGUGCAGCCGGCUGCGGUGCGGCGGGAGGGGACGCUGCGUCCGGAGAGACCCCGCCGCUGACGUGCACCUGCACCUGGACAGCGAGAGCUUCGGGAUCGAGGUGCGGCCGGGGGAGGGUCCCGAGGACAGGAGGGUCAGCGUGAGGGGACAGCUCACCAGGCCGGCCUGGGCGCGCAUGAGGGAGCAGUUCCGCUGCCAGUGCUACCAGGGCUGGAGCGGAGAGGGCUGCGAGCAGCAGGACAGUCUGGGGACGAGGCCUCAGCAAGGCCGCUUCCUCUUCACUGCGCUCCUGUGUACGGCGCUGAGCUGGCAGCUCUGAGGAGCACCAGGAAGAUCGGCCAGAGAUCCUAGAGAUUCUAAAGACGUCUCAAUGUGUGUGUGUGUUCUCAGAGGUAACGGAUCCACACACGGAGCGCUGUCACAUGUGGCAUCUCAUGUCAGUUCAGGAGCCUCCGCAGUGCUAACAGGUGAAGAACACCCACAUGUGUAACAUACGGAUGCGGAUCUAGUGCAUGUCUACGAUUUGAUUACCUAUUGGUGAUCUGCACACCUGCACUACACUACCUGAUGGGCACAGUCAAUCAUGCUAUUACUCCUGGAUAGCCCACCAGAGCUUGUGACACCUUACCUGUGCCCUGCCGAGUCAUCCAGUGCUGCUGAGAUCCAGUGCUGCUGAGAUCCAGUGCUGCUGAGAUCCAGUGCUGCUGAGAACCAGUUUCUAAGCCUCGGGA